GCUACGUCUAACUAUAGUACUUAAUACAGUGUAAUUUUCUUAAGUUGAUUAAAAUUUGUUGUUCAAAUUCACACAUCGCGUACCUUCCACUAAAGCGGUUAGACGUUCAACUGAGAAUUCUUAUCGACAAGUCAUGAAAGUAAAACCCCUGGACAAUUAUUUUAAGAAACCCAUAAAGAUGAGAAAGUACAGUAAUAUCGUUGAAGCUUUAGAGCUGUCCAACUUCAUGAGGAAGACCAUCGGAAUAUCGAUAUUUAUUCUGAACCGCACCCCCAGUAACACCAUCGUCAGAAAGUUCAGCUUUUAUGGAAUGGUUUGUUUCGUAUUUUGGUAUUGCCUGUACAUUUAUUGUACUUACAAAGCUUUCGUAGAGGACCAAACUGUUCUACGAAUCCUAUACAAUACGAAGGUGCAACGAUACGGCGAUGACUACGAGAGAUUAUCUUCAAUGUUGUUUGUUAUAUUUGGUUUGUGGAAGAUUCCAUUCGGAUUGAACAUCAACAACCGCUUCAUGGAGAUUGUAGUGGAGGUGGACAUGAGCUUGGAAGAGUUAGGCGAGAACGUGGACUACAAGAAAGAUGCACGUCUUGCACUCAUGAUGUCGAUACUACAGUGUGUUAUGUUUUUCUUUCGAUUGGGCAGUAUCUGGGGAGCAUUGAGUUAUCUGGAUGUGCCCGUACCAAUGGAGAGGUUGUACCAAGUCAUAUACUCCGACAGCCUGGCCGUCAUUAUGGCAGCGCACUACUUCUUCUUUCUCAGAGUUAUUAGAGGCAGGUUUGGUUACAUCAACAAAGUGCUUCGGGAUAUAAAAAGCCACAAGUCUUGGGAAUACAAGUUGUUUGCUCGAGGAAAUAUGAUGGUUAACGCUCAGAAGGUGGAGGGCCUCCAAGAGAAGUACAUUUGUGAGAAAAUAAGAGCAUGUGCGAAGAUGUACGGCAAGCUUUACAAAGUGACUGAGGCUACGAAUCGACUGUUCGGCUCCAUGUGUAUGAUCACUCUGUUCGUAUCUCUGACCUACAUCGUAGUGUACAUGUUUUACUUCAUGGAAGCGACAGCGGCUGGCUUGUUCCGAGAUGUCGACAGAUACAUAGUGUUUGUCAUUUACGUGGCUUGGCAAAUUUUCUAUCCGGUUGGUGUGAUAGUGCAGAUUGUUUUCGUAUCCGAGCUCGCUGUGUACGAGGCAUGUAACACUUCGUUUUUGCUGCAUGACAUUAUGAAUUGCAAUUUUGGGCAGGCGAUAACGACAGAGGCGUUACAGUUCUCGAUACAGUGUCUACAUCAGAAGCCAGUGUUUACUGCCAACGGACUCUACCAACUCGAUUAUGCCUUGCUACAUCAGUUUUCGCGUUCAGUCUCCACGUACCUAGUGAUACUUUUGCAGUUUGUCACAGACGCGAAGUAGGUGGCUAUCAUUUACGUACUUAAUUAUUAUUAAUCACGAUAAUAAAUCACUUUACAUUGUGAUGCAAAAACGACAUACAAGGAAGUCCUCAAGGCACGUUUUUUUACAAAAAAUCUGCAAUGUUCUACAACAUAAGUAUCUACUUAUUUCGCAGUUAAUUUUUUCAAACUUUAUUUUUCAAGGUCAACAUUUUUUCCUAUUUCCUAACUUCUUAAUAUUAUGAUUUCAGGCACAAUUAUUUCAAUCAAGUCAAUUGACGACCCUAAGCAGUAAGCAGACUCCUAAAAGUUUUAGUUUCAAGUACUUUAGCGCUCUCGUUUCGUUUUCAUUCAACGUAAAGCAAUCUCGCACUAAGGGUACUGUUAUGGUGUAUUUCUGCUUGUGGAAUAGAUUGUACAACCAUAGAAUCCUAAUGAAAUAAGGCUCUUACGCCCGAAUACUCAAACGCUACUCAAUUUUAAGUUGUACUUAAAUAUCGUGCUAUCUCUGUCAUUUUAUAAAGAAUUGAUAGUGACGGAACUACAUUUGAAAGCGUCUUAAAAUUGAGUAGCGUUUGAGUAUUCGAGCAUUAGUGUAUGUGUAGUAUAUAACGUAUAUAACCUACCUCAAUACCUUCUUUACCGUAUAGAACUAUUAUGCAUUUACUAUUUCU